AUGACUGCAGCCUCGGGUGUCACCGAAGACACCUCCACCCAUUGUAUACCCUCCCAGUCGACCUCGUCGAAUGCCCCCGACUCGUCCCAGCAUGAGCUCCCCGCCCAGGGCGAACCCCCCACAAUCCAGAAUGAAAAACAGCCCGAUAAUGCGGCAACUCAACCGGUGACCUCUGAGUCUGCCGGGGAAACUCACAAGCAGGUUUCUCAAACAACGGACGAGGUGGACGACUUUGGCCUUCCUAUCCGAGCACGUCGCAAACCAGACCCCACCCCUAGCGAGCCCCCCGAAGACGAAAAUGCCGGUCAUAACUUCCAGGAAGUUGGUGCGCGCCCUGCGAGCUAUAGCGACGCCGUCAAGAAGACGGCUGAGCCAGAGCCGGCACAAAAAAGUCAGGAAGGAGAGACACUUGCCCCUGAGCCCGUCAACGUGAACAUUGCCACAGAGUCGGGCGAUCGUCCGGAGACCAAGGAAGCUUCCCCUGCGCUCGCGGAGAACUCGCAGGCCUCUGGGACUCCUGAUCAGCCUCGGGCCUCAAUUCCGAAACAAAAGCCAGCUCAAGUAUCGGAAUGGUCACACCAGCGACUUGCACAGCCUGGCGCCCACCAACCCACGAGUGAAGAGUCGGAGGAGGAACCUGAUGAGUGGACCUCAAUGCCUGCCCUCGGAGAGUUCGACUACUAUGAUGACUACGGAAGACUCGUUGCCCGAGGAGCCAAAGAAGAAAGCGACGAGGCCGUAUACCAAGGACUAGGAGGCGCAGGGCGGGGAUAUACUCGAGUGCAGCUUGAUGAAGACGCCCAGUCCGCCACGAGUCUGGACGAAGAUACAAGCUAUCUCUUCCGAGAAACAGGGGACAACUCCGCCGGUCUUGUUGGCGAGGAAAUGCGCGACUCGAUCAGCCAGCUUCAAGCUACGAAAGAUCUUCUCAAUGAGACUCAAAAAAUCGCUUAUGUGGGCGUUGUCCGGUUAUCAAUCCAUAAUAUGAAUCGUGAUCUGGCGUCGAUUGCUACUACGAAAUCCACCCGCAGAACCAUGCAGAAGGCUUCCGAUGCUAUGCGAAAAUGGGGCCAGGCAAUCAUGGCCCGCAUCUAUACGCAUAUGGAUAUCAAUUCUGCCGAGCAAAUUAUGAUCGAGCAGCUUGCAGGUCAUGGGGUUCAACCUGAAGAUCUGGUUCGACCUCUCAUGCAGAAUGCGCGGGUCAAGAAUCCCAUGGCCGAAAGCGAGCCUAAAACCUCCCUGUCCAGUCUCAAGGGGGAUACUCUGUCUAGCAGGCUCUCCGCAGAGACUGACUUCUCUGAACUGGACUCUCCGCCACCACCAUACAAGGCUCACGAGACCGAGGAGCCCCCAGAGGUCAAGACUCCUUCUCAAAUGCCGACCUCUAAUCGCAUAGAUAUCGAUCUCCGCUGGACAGUCCUCUGCGACUUGUUUCUUGUGCUGAUCGCAGACUCAGCGUAUGACGCGCGCUCACGAACGCUCUUGGAGAAGGUUGGCGCAGCGUUAGAAGUGACAUGGCUGCAAAUCUCGCGAUUCGAGAAACGGGUGACGGACUCCCUGGAAAUGCAAGAGCAGGCCGAGAAGGAGAACUGGGAUGAGUCCGAUCACAUGGAAAAGCGCCGCAAGAUGGCCUUGAAGCGUAAAUAUAUGAUAAUGGGUCUGGCCACGGUGGGUGGUGGCCUGGUCAUCGGUCUUUCUGCUGGACUACUAGCACCGGUCAUUGGAGCUGGUCUUGCCGCUGGCUUUACCACUGUUGGUAUCUCCGGAACCAGUGCGUUCUUGGGAGGAGCGGGUGGCACAGCCUUGAUCGCUUCCAGUGCUACACUGGGCGGAAGCACCAUUGGAAUGAGAGCUUCGCACAGACGUACUGGUGCGGUUUCGACUUUCGAGUAUCGGCCUUUACACAAUAACAAGAAAGUCAAUUUGAUUGUGACGGUGUCGGGCUGGAUGACUGGAAAGGUUGAUGACGUCCGUCUACCGUUCAGUACUGUGGAUCCCAUCAUGGGCGAUAUCUACUCUGUGCUCUGGGAGCCUGAGAUGCUUCGAAGCAUGGGUGACACUAUCAACAUUCUCGCAACUGAGGCACUGACACAAGGUCUGCAACAAGUACUGGGCAGCACAGUCUUGAUGGCGCUGAUGGCAUCGUUGCAACUGCCUCUUGUCCUCACUAAACUCGCAUAUCUAAUCGACAACCCUUGGAUUGUGUCAUUGGCACGCGCCCAAUCUGCCGGCCUUGUCAUGGCUGACUCCCUGCAAGAACGUAAUCUAGGCAAUCGACCUGUGACACUGCUCGGUUUCUCACUUGGCGCGCGUGUCAUCUUCUCUUGUCUCAAAGAAUUGGCUGACAAGGGUGCUCACGGACUAGUCCAGAAUGUAUACCUCUUUGGAUCACCCGUAGUCGCCAACAAGGACGAAUACCUCAAGGCUCGCAGUGUGGUAUCUGGCCGCUUCGUGAACGGUUAUGCCACGAAUGAUUGGAUUCUGGGUUACCUUUUCCGUGCCACAAGUGGUGGCAUCAUGAAAGUCGCCGGUCUCGCAGCCGUGGAGGGUAUCCCGGGAAUUGAGAACUUUGACAUCACCCGGUUGGUGAACGGUCACAUGGACUACCGUACCGCCAUGCCUCGUAUUCUGAGAGAAGUGGGCUGGGAAGUUCUGGAGGACGAGUUUGCAGAAAUCGAGGAUCCAGAUCCCGACAACCACGCCGAAAGACAGCGAGAGUUGAUCCGCGAGAUCGAUGAAGCCCGCCGAGAGGCAGAAGCGAAGCCCGAGAAGAAGCGUUUCGGUUUGUUCAAACGGGGCAAAAUGGCGGAAAAGAAGAAGUGGGAGACGUACGAUAUAGAUCGAAACAACGUCUCUAACGAAUCAUCCGAUCUUGACAGCAGUCCUGGCACAGUCCUCUUCGAUAUCGAGGCCAUUCGCGCCGAGCUGCACUCGGAGGCAAUCGAAAUCAAAGAAUUAGAAUCGACCAUGCCUCUGAUGAAAGUAGAUCUGAACUCACCUUCACAACCUACGGCUCAACCCUCUCCUGUCAACGAGCCAAAAACCCCAGAGAGGCCACCGGUCUCUCGCACAGCCUCGGGGCCAUUGCCAGUCUCUGAGCAGUACUCCCCUCCAUCUUACGAACCCUCGACUGCCCCAAAGUACGAAGAGAUGGAAAUGACUUUCGACACUUCUUACGAUGAAUCUCCACGAUCCACAUACGACCCGCACUCCCCAUCCCGCCCAGAGUUGAGAACAGCCUCGACGAUGCCCAAUAUCGGCGCCACCGCCAUCGGAGCCAUGGACAUGGAGCCUAAUGCUUGGGCUGACCAUGGUCAGGGACAUGGUGACGGCGAGAUCUCAAUGACCUUUGAAUAG